AUGUCAUCCGACAGCAGUGGCGACGUUGGCUUAAAGAAAAUCGGGCAAAGCUUAUUCACCAAUCAAACCAAUGACAACCUCUCCUCUAAUAUUAGCAAUUGGUCUGAUAUUCCUAAUUUUGUCUACGAUUACGAGGACAUUCGAUUGGCAAUGACUUCUCUGUGUCAGUUUCGCGGUACAACCGAAAACUAUAUUGUUAUAACUGUCUUCAUUAUAAUAUUCUUAUUAUCUGUUAUUGGUAAUUCACUGGUUAUAUUAGUUAUCUUAAAGCAACGUCAAAUGAGAAGCAUCACCAAUAUCUAUUUGAUUAAUUUGGCUUUUUCCGAUUUGAUGUUAUCUGUCAUCUGUAUGCCGCCAACACUUGUCUCAAUGGUUAUGAAUUGUUGGUUAUUUGGAAACACUAUGUGUAAGCUGUUUGCAUACCUACAACCUGUGGUUGUAUCUGGAUCAGCUUAUACACUAGCUGUAAUUGCAUUUGAACGAUAUUUUGCUAUUUGUAAGCCGUUACAUUCACGUAUAUGGCAGACAAGAUCACAUGCAUAUGCUAUGAUAACAGUUGUUUGGGCCAUAGCUAUUAUAGCUAAUGUAUUCCUUAUUUUUAUGUACGAAGAACGGGGUUAUGAUACGCCUAAUGGAACCGGCAUAACAUGCACUCCUAUAUAUCCUCCAAUGUAUCAUUUUGCCUAUCAAGUUUAUAUGACAAUCGUCUUAUGUGUUGUUCCGCUAGUAGUUAUGAUUACCUUAUAUAGUACUGUUAUUCAUCAAUUAAAAAUGGGUAUCAAACUUGAAAUAGCUGCAGUGGCUGAGAAUUCGGAUGCUAAUGAAAACAGCGUUGAUGAUAUUGUCGAUGCUGUGCACAAUUCUAAUAAUGGAAUGUUGGCGAAGCUCAAAAAAAAAAUUCGCAGUGCUCAGCCUAAUCGUGAAAAGCUGAGCUCUGCUCGAAGCACAGGAGCAGCUUCAGUGGGUUCCGUUCCAUCCGCCUUAUCUCAUCGACGAAGUGAAACGUCAGUGCUUGAGAAUGCAUUGCGUUCAACGCACAACCAGAAAUCAGCAAUGGCAAAACAACGAGUAAUUAAAAUGUUAAUAGUGGUUGUUGUAAUAUUUUUCUGCUGCUGGACACCAUCAUACAUUUGGUGGCUGCUGUUAAUGGCUGGCGACUCUUUUGAAAAAUUAGGAUUAUCUGUAUGGAAUAGCGACAUCAAUACAUUUAUAACGCUAUUAACAUAUAUAUCAUCAUGCACAAAUCCUAUAACAUAUUGUUUUUUGAACAAAAAAUUUCGAAAUGCCAUCUAUGCCAUGUUUGGACGCAAAAAAGUUAUUCGUCAUCAUUUUCAAAAAGUUUACAUACCGGUUACGAGUGCUUCACCCAAAAUUCUUGUGAAACAUCCAAACAUUAACAGGUCGAUAUCAACGAGCUCCAAUCUACAACUACAACAAGUCGCUUCUGAUUCUCGUUUGCAAGCAAUUCGACGAACAUCAUCCACCUCAGCUAGUCAUAUGACAACGUUUGUGAUUCGUCGACCAGCCGGUGUAACACAUCAGCCUCAUAGUCUACCUCAAGAUAACAACAUUUAA